AUGAUGGCGAGUGAUGGUAUAGGAUCUAAAGCUUAUCCGAUUGCUGAUACAGCAUUGGCUCAGAAAUUACUUGAUCUCGUUCAGCAGGCUCAAAAUUAUAAGCAGCUGAAGAAAGGUGCUAAUGAAGCAACUAAAACUUUAAAUCGAGGACUUGCUGAGAUAAUUAUAAUGGCAGCUGAUGCUGAGCCUCUUGAAAUUAUUUUGCAUCUUCCACUUCUUUGCGAAGACAAAAAUGUCCCUUACGUAUUUGUACGCAGCAAGGCUGCCCUUGGACGAGCAUGUGGUGUCUCACGGCCUGUAAUUGCUGCAUCUAUAAUUCAGAAUGAAGGGUCGCAGUUAAGAAGUCAAAUACAGAAGAUUAAAGAAGAAGUCGAGAAACUUUUGAUUUAA